AUGUAUAUCAUUAUUUUUUAUAUAUUAAUUUAUAUUAAUUAUAUUUAUUGUCACAGUCACUUCGACGCAAAUUUACUCAAACAUUCACAUACCGUUGGUCACACUGUUAAUAAUAACAUAAAUAAUAAAAUAAUCAGUAAUGUAAAUAAUAAAUUAAAAUCUAAGGGUGAAGACGAUGAAGAGGAAGACGACGUAGAUACAACAUUGGAUGAAGUGGAAGAAAGAGGCGAAGAAGAAGACAAUAUGCUACAAAAUGCCGAAGAUAUUGGAGUGAAAGAAUCAAUUGAAGAAGAAAAUUCAGAGUCAGAAUUUGCUAAUUCUAAACUCAAUCAAUCCAACAAUAACAAUGAACCUGGGAAGGGAAAAUUAAAAUAUUUGAUGGAUGAAUUAGUUAAGCUUUCAUUGGAAUUAAAAAAUUUAAACUAUCAAAUUGAUUCCAUACAAAUAUCACAAUAAUAUAAUUUUUAAAUUUAUAA